CACAGAGACUUCAGCUGCAGGAGACGGAGCUAACGCCAUGGACACCAUCACACAUCAGAAGAAGGGUGCCUCAGCACUCAGAAAGAACAUCAGCCACUUCACAGAUGUGAGCGGUCUGCCUUGCAUUGAGAAGCUUGUGUGCUCGGUGGAGGACACCCCCGAGCCCAUCAGCACCAGAAUCAGUGGAACAAUCCCAGAAUGGAUCAAUGGGAACUUCUUGAGAAACGGGCCGGGGAAGUUUGAGAUUGGAGACCAGAAGUUCAACCACUGGUUUGAUGGUAUGGCUCUCCUGCACCAGUUCAAGAUAUCCAAUGGGCAGGUGACCUACAAAAGCCGCUUCCUGUCCAGUGACAGUUACCAAUCCAAUAAGGAGUACAACCGCAUUACUGUGUCUGAGUUUGGGACUACCACCAUGCCAGACCCCUGCAAAAACUUCUUCCAGCGCUUUCUGUCAAGAUUUGAACUACCAAAGCCAACAGAUAAUGCCAAUGUGAGCUUUGUGACCUACAAAGGUGAUUACUAUGUCAGCACAGAAACUAAUGUUAUGCACAUGGUGGACCCUGAGACACUGGAGUCAAUUAAAAAGGUGGACUGGAGCAAAUUCAUUGCUGUGAAUGGAGCGACUGCCCACCCCCACACUGACCCUGAUGGAACAACAUACAACAUGGGGAAUUCCUACACCAGUAAAGGAGCUUUCUACAACAUCAUCCGAGUGCCCCCAACCAAGGAAACAGAAGGGGAGACCUUGGAGGGAGCCACAGUGCUGUGCUCAAUUCCUUCAGUGGACAAAACCAAACCCUCCUACUACCACAGCUUUGCAAUGUCUGAGAACUACGUGGUGUUCAUUGAACAACCCAUCAAGAUGAACCUGUUGAAGAUUGUCACAGGCAAGCUGACAGGAAAAAGCAUCAGGGAUGGCUUUUCCUGGGACCCCAACCUCAACACUGUCUUCCACCUGAUUCACAAACAAACUGGCAAGGUAAGCAACAUCAAGUAUCUUGCCAAGCCACUGUCAACCUUCCACCAGAUUAACGCAUAUGAGGAGGACGGCUUCUUGAUAAUGGAUAUGUGUGCUUCAGAUGACGGCCAGGCAAUUGAGGCCUAUAACAUCCAGAACUUGCGCAAGUCUGGAGAAGCCCUUGAUGAUGUGUACAACACCUUGUGUCGAGUGUUCCCUCGCCGCUUCGUGCUGCCUCUCAAUGUGGACAGUGAUACACUCUAUGACCAGAACUUGAUUGACCGGCCCAGCAGCACAGCCACGUCUGUAAGAAUUGGCAAAAACAAGGUGUUCUGUACUCAUGAAGAUCUCCACAGGGAAGAUCUCCAUCAAUAUGGAGGUCUGGAGUUCCCUCAGAUCAACUAUGGCAAGUACAACACCCAUCCCUACCGCUACUUCUAUGGCUGCGGCUUCAGACACCUUGUAGGGGACACCCUGAUCAAGAUGGACCUCCAGGGCAAACACAUGAAGGUGUGGGAUCAUCCUGGUCUGUAUCCCUCUGAACCAGUCUUCGUUCCCUCCCCUAAUGCUACAGAGGAGGACGAUGGUGUUAUCUUGUCUGUGGUCAUCACUCCAAAUAAGGACAAGAGUACAUUCCUUCUGGUUUUAGAUGCCAAGACGUUUGAGGAGCUGGGCAGGGCUGAGGUACCUGUCAACAUUCCCUAUGGUUUCCACGGGACAUUCAGUUCUGCUGCAUAGACUUGUGAGGAGGCAAAGAAUGACCUGAGAUAAACAGACCUGCAUUUUGAGAUCACGACAAAAAUGUGUUGUACUAUUAGAAACACUGGAAACCUCUUGUAAAUAUUGUUCUAAAUCUCUACUUAAUACAAAACAUUUCCUUUUAAGUAUAUUUACACUUUAAGGGCUGUGGGUGGGUGAAUUUGGGGUUGUGUGGGGGUAAAUCAAGGAAACUUCUCUUUUUUGCAUCUGCUAUGCUAUCUGAGUGCAUAAUAAAAGUUGUUACACAGCAGAUUCUGGGCAAGUUCAGCAACGAGUUUUUAUGGCAUCUUAUUCUGGAAGAGUGUGAAACUGAUAAGUAAAUGCAUGCCAGGGCACUUUUUUUUGUUGGAGAAAGCUACGUGUAAUUUAUUCACAGUAACCUUGUACAAAUGUCUAUUUGACCUUAUUUUCUGAAGAAUUUACAAGUUGAUGACGUCACUCGAAUGUGGCUGCCAAUUUUCUUUGCAUUGCUUUAAUACUUCGUAAAUACACUAGUGACCGUGACAAGGAAGACUGUAGUGCAGCAAAGAUUUCUCUGAACACAUUGUAUUUUUCUGUAUUCAUUGGUUUUGAAUAGUGUAGGUAAGUUUCUUCUGUACUUCUCUUCUUUUGGUGUGUGUGUAUGAGGAGAGGCCAUUUUUUU